ACAACAAUAAGGAGAGAUUUCAAGCACCCAAGAGCAAAUUCCCCCAUGAUUUCUAAGUCCAACAAUAAAAUUUGGGAGACAUAGAGGUUCUUGAGAUGGCGGCGAAUAAUUUUAAAGGUGGAGCGCUCACAGAGUUUUCCUUCUGGUCAUGCUGGCUUUGGAGCAACUUUUAAUUAAGAAAGCUUAUGUCUUCAAAAUGCUACAGGGAACUGAAAAUAAAAAGAGUACACUCCAUUAGCAAUUUUACUAAUUCACUAGGGGUUUCCCGGUAUGUCUCUACCUGGGAGCAGACACUUUUGCUUUAAAGGCCCUGUUGGGGAAAAUGUAGAAGACCUCUGCGAAACUUACAGAGGUGUCUUUAAUUGCUGCUCAUAUAUCGUGGACACUGCAGGAAUCCGGAGAUCAGAAAUGCCAGCUAAGGAAGAGAGGCAUUAUAGGACACGGAGUAACUUGAUGCAGUGCCGCAUUGAUCCCAUCGGAUCACCCCGCGCUAACACAGCUGUCAGUCUGAUUUCUGGUUCCCAGAACACCCUCCUUUCCUUCCAGCCCCUAGCCCGCGCAGCAGUCGGGAAACCCUGCCUCACAGGAUGGGUCGGCACAGACCAAGUCCUCCCAGGAGCUUCCCGGGUCCCGUGCACCGCCAGCAAGGAAGUGACAACCGACGAAUGCGUGCCACGAGCAACACUGGAGUCUCAGGUCCUCCCUCGGCCACUCCAGCUACCACUGUGACGUCACGACAGGGACCUACUGUUGCCGGGGGGACGGCUUCGUUCCAGUUCUGGUCUGUUGCCCCAGAGUGUGGGUACACAGAGCAGUCCCAAGGGACGUCGAGGGGUCGCGGCGAGAGGACCCGACGCACGCCGCGGCGCCAUGAGCCAGCGGCAGGUGCUGCAAGUGUUCGAGCUGUACCAGAACGCCCGGACCCGGUUCGUGCAGAUGGUGGCGGAGCAGGCGACCAGACCUCAGAACAUUGAGACACUGCAGAAUGCGGGUAUAAUGUCUUUGCUGAGACCUCUUCUUCUGGAUGUGGUGCCAACCAUUCAACAGACUGCUGCCUUGGCUCUGGGGAGGCUGGCCAACUAUAACGAUGACUUAGCAGAAGCAGUUGUGAAGGGUGACAUUCUUCCACAGCUUGUCUACUCACUGGCAGAGCAGAAUUGCGUCUACAAGAAAGCGGCUGCGUUUGUGCUGCGAGCGGUUGGCAAACAUUCUCCUCAGCUGGCGCAGGCUACAGUUGACUGUGGGGCCCUGGACUCACUGGUGAUAUGCUUGGAAGAUUUUGACCCAGGAGUCAAGGAAGCUGCAGCCUGGGCACUUGCAUAUAUUGCAAGACAUAAUGCAGAACUGUCACAAGCUGUGGUGGACGCGGGAGCUGUUCCUCUUUUAGUCCUCUGUAUCCAGGAGCCAGAAAUUGCUUUGAAAAGGAUUGCUGCCUCGGCCCUCAGUGAUAUCUCAAAGCACUCCCCAGAGUUAGCGCAGACUGUGGUGGAUGUAGGAGCCAUUGCUCAUUUAGCCCAGAUGAUCCUCAACCCUGAUGAAAAACUGAAGCAACAGGUCCUGUCAGCUCUGAGUCACAUCGCGAAGCACUCUGUGGACCUGGCGGAGAUGGUUGUGGAGGCAGAGAUCUUCCCUGUUGUUCUUACCUGUCUGAAGGACAAAGACGACUUUGUGAAGAAGAACGCUUGCACUCUGAUCAGAGAGAUCGCAAAGCACACACCGGAGCUCUCCCAGCUGAUCGUUAACGCAGGAGGCGUGGCCGCCGUGAUUGACUGCAUUGGGUCCUGCAAAGGGAACAUCCGUUUGCCUGGCAUCAUGAUGCUGGGUUAUGUGGCUGCUCAUUCUGAGAACCUGGCCAUGGCGGUGAUCAUCUCCAAGGGUGUACCCCAGUUGUCAGACUGCCUGUCAGAAGAACCAGAAGACCAUAUUAAAGCCGCGGCUGCCUGGGCUCUGGGGCAGGUCGGGAGACACACUCCGGAACACGCACGCGCAGUCGCUAUCACGAACACGCUGCCAGUGCUGCUGGCUUUGUACAUGUCCUCAGAGAGCUCUGAGGACCUGCAGGUGAAGAGUAAAAAGGCCAUAAAGAAUAUCAUCCAAAAAUGCACCUACCUCCCAGCUCUUGAGCCGUUUCUCUAUGAUGCGCCUCCCAAUAUCCUGAAGUAUGUGGCUGGACAGUUCAGUAAGGUGCUCCCACAUGACAGCAAAGCUCGAAGGCUUUUUGUAACAAGUGGCGGACUUAAAAAGAUCCAGGAGAUAAAAGCAGAACCGGGUUCUAUCCUCCAAGAGUACAUCAACAACAUCAACAGCUGCUACCCAGAGGAGAUAGUGAGGUAUUAUUCUCCUGGAUACUCAGACAUCCUUCUGCAGAGGGUGGACAGCUAUCAGCCCCUCGCUAACUGAAUGAAGUGAUCCCAAUACCCAGGUUCACAGGAGAGUGAGGAUAACAGUUGUUAAAGAUUGUUCCGAAAUGUUUAAACUAAGUGUAUCCAAUGUGAAAAUAUUUACAUUUUUAAUUUUCUUAUUUGUGUAAUACUUUAUAAAUUAUUAGCUACAAUGUAUAGAAAGACUUUACAGUCAUUUGCUUGAAUAAAGGAAAAUUUAAAAGGCAAUAAA